AUGUACCAGCCAGUGGAAUAUGUAACCCGCACCCACUAUGCCAGUCGACCCUACUAUAGAGGAGGCCAGCGGCAUUACCAAGGCCAAUUCCAUGCUAAUAUGGACAUGUGGAAAGAGAAAAUUCAUCCAGGGAGAAAAACGCUGGGAAGGGGGCAAAAUGGAAUCCCCCAAAGCUGGUUCAAGAUCACAAUUCCUUGCGGGAGAAAGUAUGACAAGACUUGGCUACUGAAUUCCAUCCAGAGCCAUUGCAGGGUUCCCUUCAGCCCAGUUGAUUUCUACUACGCGAGAAUGCAGGCCCAGUUCUUUGUCCAGGAUGCUAGCACUGCCGCUGCAUUGAAGAAUGUCAGUUACAAGAUUCGUGAUGAUGAGAACCAAAAGAUAUGUAUCUUUGUCAAUCCCUCUUCUGUACCUUAUUCUGUGCAGACUAAGCUGAGGCCAGAACAAGUUGAUCAGCUAAAGCUGACCAUGAACAAACGAUAUGAUGUCUCCCAGCAGGCUCUUGACCUCCAGAACCUCCGCUUUGACCCAAAUUUGGUGGACCAUGAUAUUGACAUGAUCCUGAAUCGAAGAAACUGCAUGGCUGCCACCCUGAAGAUCAUCGAAGAGAAUUUCCCUGAGCUGUUGUCCUUGAACUUGCGCAGUAACAAAUUAUACCAGCUGGAUGGCCUGUCUGACAUUAUGCAGAAAGCCCCCAAAGUCAAGAUCCUGAACCUCUCCAAAAAUGAGCUGAAAUCCGCUUGGGAGUUGGACAAGAUAAGAGGGCUUAAGCUCGAAGAGCUGUGGCUAGUGGAAGGAGUGUGUCAGGCUCAUGUUUGUGCCUUCACCCGGAUCUUCAUCGCUACUCCUGCCAGCAACUCCAGGGCCCACUCUUCCUCCAGCCUAUGCAUUGUGAACGACCAACUGUGUGUGAGGGACGUCAGCCUCAUAGAGACCCAGGGUGCCUUCUCCACCCUAGUGCCCAUACCCUCCUCCAGCUCCGUGCCCACUGUCUCCCAGGAGCAGCAGGAAGUGGUGCAGGCGUUCUCCACCCAGUCUGGGAUGAACCUCCAGUGGCCUCAGAAGUGCCUUCAUGACAACAGCUGGGACUACACCAGAGCCUCACAGAUUUUCACUCUGUCCACAGUGAGGGCUGAGGCCAGCACAGGGGAAGGAACUCGCCCAGGUUUUCUGUGGUCGGUUGAUGGGUCUAAAAGCUGA